UAAGCGAGUAAGACAAUUCCACCAAUCAGAAAGGCUUAAUGCGUGCGUUACCACAGCGACAACGGUUGGGAUCAAAUGGACCAAUCAGGACAGAGCAUUCUCCCAUUUAAACCAUACGUAACACAUUCAAACACAAAGUCAAUGAGAACCGAGUUGGCUACAGGUCGGUCCGCUUGCUGACUGUGACUGGGAGAUCUUGCAAAGAUGUCUCAGUUUGGCUUUGAAAACGACAUGCGCAGCGUCCUGAAACUCGACGUCCCCAUCCAGAACGCUCCCAUGGCUAGAUGGCAGAGGAAGUCCAGCACCAACGGCCUGUCGCCUGGAAAACAGGGAAAUGCCACAUUGAGCUCCUCAAAGACGCCGAGCAAAACACCUGGCAAAACGAAGAAGCCGACUCCCUGUAAGAUCGGCGCUGAUCGCUUCAUCCCAGUUCGGAGCACUCAACAAAUGGAGGUGGCCAGCUUCCUGCUGACCAAGCAGAAGGACGCAGCUGAAGCUAAUGACGCCGGGGCCGCAGCAGAGAACCGAAAAGCCAUGUCGGUGUUGCUGAACGGCUACAACGUCGAAGAUGCCAAGAUCCUUCAUUUUGGCUCGAGGCCUCUCAAUGCGGCUGAAGGUUUUCAAAACAACUUGAAAGUCCUCUACCACCAGGCAACGACGCCAGCCUCUGUGAAAAAGACAAGAUACAUCUCUCCCACACCCGACAGAAUCUUGGAUGCUCCUGAUCUGCGCAACGAUUUCUAUUUGACCCUGCUGGACUGGAGCAGUCUGAACGUCCUGGCGGUGGCGCUCAACAACAGCGUGUACCUGUGGGAUGCCACUCGAGGCGACAUCACUCUCCUGAUGCAGAUGGAGGAGGAGUCCGACUACAUCUGCUCCGUGUCCUGGACUAAACAGGGCAACUAUCUGGCUGUUGGAACCAGUGACUCCAAAGUUCAACUGUGGGAUGUUGAGAAACAGAAGCGCCUGCGCUUGCUCGCUGGCCACACGGGCAGAGUUGGCAGUCUCAGCUGGAACGACCACAUCCUGUCCAGUGGCUCCAAAUCGGGACACAUUCACCACCAUGACGUCCGGGUGGCGAACCAUCACAUCCAGACUUUGGCAGGCCACGCACAGGAAGUCUGUGGCCUGAAGUGGUCGCCGGAUGGCCGCUAUCUGGCCAGCGGCAGCAACGACAACUUGGUGUGCGUUUGGCCGCGGGUCAACGAGGGCAGCGUGGCCAAUGCCGCCCAGCCCGUCCACUGCUGGAACGACCACCAAGGAGCGAUCAAGGCUCUGGCCUGGUGCCCAUGGCAGCCCAAUGUACUGGCAUCUGGUGGCGGCACAAGUGACCGACGCAUUCGCAUCUGGAACGUGAAUAGUGGCUCCUGCAUCACCUCAUUGGAGACGCAGUCGCAGAUCUCUUCCUUGGUUUUCGUGCCGAACUACAAAGAGCUGGUUUCAGCGCAUGGCUACACCUGCAACAGUGUGUCCAUCUGGAGGUACCCAUCUCUCACCAGAGUGGCUGAGCUCAGCGGACACGGAGACCGAGUUCUCAGCAUGACCAUGAGUCCAGACAGCUCGACCAUCGCAACGGUGGCUGCAGAUGAGACCAUCCGUCUGUGGAAGAGCUUCGAAAUGGACCCCGUGAAGAAGAAGGCCAGUGAGAGAUUGGCCAAGCCCACCACCAGCAGCGUGAUGCUCAAUGCACUCCGAUAACCUUUUAUCUCGCCAAUGGUUUCGACUCCUUUUCUUGCAUGCCGUUUAUUAGUCAAUAAAAUGUUUCAAUCACGUUCACUUCUGUCGCCAGGAGUAAUGGAUUUAUUUUUGAAAAUGUAUUUAUAUCUUGUAUUUGAAUGUACAGAGAAUUGGUACAUGUUUUAGA